GAAGGAAGGAAGGAAAAAACAACAUGGCGGCUCUGUCGAGGACAUGUUGUGGGUUUCUGAAGUUGCAGUUGACCUGCAAAGUAGGAACUCCACGGGUGUUUCUUAGGCCAGGCUUAAAUAUUGGAUUAAACCGUUUGUACAGCUAUCCGGUUGUACAGGUAAGGGAGUGUUUGUUAACUAGAAUGAUUAUUAUACAGGUCGUGAAGUCAAGUAAAAUUACUUGCUCAGACUCUCACUGCCAAAGCAGACGAAACAGCUAGUAACUUUACAGAUAUGUUUUUACCUUAUUAAUUAAGACAGUUUAUAGUUUAGCGUAUUUUAUCAAAGAUCUUUUUGGCAAUCAGAAACACCAGUUGAAUUUUACAAGAAAUAGGUGUAUAAUUUUCCUUUGUUCUUCUAAAGGUACGUAGGGUCGGGAACGUUCCAAAAAUUGCCAAAUGUAACAGGGUGAAGCACCAAAUCUUGCCACCAUUUUGCCAGGAUCAAGCAUAUCAUUGCAAGAUCAUCGAGGCGAUGAUCUUUAACUGCGUGCAACAUCAAAGUUUAACUUCAGAUAAAUUUUCCAAUAAUAAUGCACACAAUCAAUGUGUAUGAAACAAAACUACUACAAAGCAAUUUCAGCACAGCUAUGGUACUGGAUAUAUAGCCACAUAUUGAGCUUGUUUAAGCAUUAAGUUAUUUCAACCUAUGUUGAUUAUCAAUUUCCUUUGUCAGACUUUUAGCCUUGAUUAUUCAUGAAUUAGGGCUAGGAGACAAAGAAAAUAGAGAAUUCACCUAGGUUAAAAAAAUUUCAACCUAAAUAUAAUUUUGACCUGAAACAUGCCCUGGAUACGGGACUUCACCACAUAGUUGGCUCCAAUAGAUGAGCACCAGGCACUGGGUUCAUACCAUGGCUUAAUGGUGUGCCAAACACUGAUUAUAAUAUCAUUUGAUCACUGAUCAAAGACCAUGAGGUAUACCAUAUCGAUUAUGGAAAAUGUCAAAUCAAUUACUGCUGAAAAAUAAAAAUACACACAGUCAAACCCACUUCACGGACAUCUGCUUAAUACAGACACCUCAUUAUUACGGCCAGUUUGCUUUGUCCCUGGCCAGAAGAAAGCCAUAACAUUUUCUCGAUAUUCAACCUGCUUAAUAAGGACACCCCGUCAGUAUUAUAUGGACACUUUCUAUGGCCCCCUCAGUGUCCAAUUUAACAACGCUUGACUGAAUAUUGUUGAAAAAUAAGCAGGGUUGUCAAAAUGAUUUGAAGUAGCCGGAGAAUGAAAGUGAGUAGGCGGCACUGGGGGCCAGAGGCCCCCCCAGGAGGCGAGGGGUCUGGGAGCUGCCUAGGCCCCCAGCAGGGUACAGGAGUAGCGCACCGUUGGGGGUCCAGGGGGCGAAGCCGCCGUAAGCAAAACGGAUUUGAGGUUUUUGCGCUAGCUGAAAUUGGCUCUCCUGAGAGCAAUGCUAACAAUCCUGAGUAUUUUGAAUGAACAUCAUCAAUUAGUUUUUUUUAUUCCCCAUUUCAUUAUUCUCUUACAUGCCAUAUCCUAGUACAUGUUAGGUCCAUAUUUGUUUGUUUACAAUAAUAAUGUUUACUAUUUCUCAGAUUUUUUUAAUGAUAACAGAUUAAGAGUGACAAAAUUACCAUCAGCAAUGCCGCCGUCACGCAAAGCAAAGGAAAAAACAGACGUAAAGUCACCGGGAAGAAAAAACUUACUGUUGGUCAACAAAAGCUAGUUUACUUUAGAACACUUUUGUAUCAAUAAUAUCAACAAAGUCACCUUCACUUCUUGCUCUUUUGCUGAAAAAGUUGACCAGAGGGGACUGUACAUCGUUUAGCCAUUUUCUCAUACAAACUCCGAAUAUACCAAGACCACGUGUGGAUUGAGCAAGUGUAAUUGGAUACCAAGAGCAGGAAUAUUUAUUUGUUUCCCUUUGUUGCAUUGCAUUAUUGGCACAAGUGCAAGUCAAACUUUGAUGCAGAAUUUAAAAUGCUUUUCUUACGGGCGAUUUUCUGUAUAAGAAUGAAGUUUCAGACAACUUUCCUUGGAAGAUUCAUCACAACAAAUUUUAUUUCUGCACAUGUAUCAUAUCAUGCACAACUCUUUAUUGGCAUCACUCUAUGAAAAAAAACGAAAAUGAUGUUCUACACGUCUGACAAAUUAACCAACGUUUUCGAAUGCGUCAAGUUUGUCAGCCAAUUUCAUGUACAUUUUAAGAUAGGUACUUUAAUACAUCGCAUUACAUUUGAUUUGAUUUCAAAUGCAAACUCGUACCAGAUGAGUGCGAAAACCACUCGAAAGCUUUCGCGUGUCUUUAUUCUUCAUUGUCAAUGAAGGAUUAUUUUAAAGACUAUGUAAACAAACCCGUCGCAUGCAUCAACGCUAUUUUUAUUCGCUUCGUUGUAUCAUAUUACGGCUACAGAAAGAAGUAAUCGGGAGCGGAUUAGAAAACACGUUUCAAAAUCACAAAAAGAACAUUCACGACAUGAUGAAAACAAUUUCUUUUUCUAUUCUAUUUUCUACUUUACAACUUUUUUUUAAUCCUCUAUUUUUCCCUUUUCUCCAGCAAUUUACAGCCGGUGAAAACCUCAGAGUAGCCGGCGAUAGCACCGGUCGCCGGCGCAUUUUGACAACCCUGAAUAAGAAUGUUAAAACCUUGGUGUUUUCUUUUAAGGAAAUAUUUCAUGACAUAAUUUGGGCUCAAAUCUCCUUUUAAUUUAUUCAUAACAGGCACCUUGAAAAAUUUCAGAAUUUACAAGGAGUUGUAUGGAAAACCACACAAGCAUGAGUGGGUGGCAAAAGUUGUUUUUCUCGUACAAAUCAUUCUAAUUUUCGGCAGCUGUUGCAAUUGCUACUUUUGAGAUAUACGACUAAAACUUUACAGGUUAACUAAUAAUUAGGUGACCUGUAAAUUUUUAGCCGUAUACAUGUCUCAAAAGUAGCGAAUAAUAAUUAAUAAUAUUUAUUUUGAUUAUUUUGAUAUGCUCUUCAGUUUCAGCUCGUGCUAACAAAAUUUUUUUCAUAAAGUGAACUGUUUUAAUAGUGUUUACCAAAAGUGGAUCACAUGAUCAACUAAUGCAAAAGGUCUAUUAUUGAUUGUCUUCUAAAAUAAUUUUCAUCAGAGGUCAUGUGGACAUCAUGUAAGGUAUAACACAGCUCCAACAAGGACAUUGCAGUCCAUAAGCAGUAGAUUUACCUCUUAUAAGGUAUGUUCCUUACUAAGUCAAGUCAUCAGAUCAUAGAAACCCCUCUUUAGAACUGCACCUUACUAAAACUUAUAAUACCUUGAAGCAGCAACUUUCACAGUAUUUUAAUCAUUUUAAUAACUAAAGGUUUAAAUUUUGUACAGUUGUUGUUGUUUCAAACUCAUUAGAGACCUUUAGAUUCUAAGACAAGUAUGACUACGACUACGAGAUUUUCUCAAUACUAAGUAGUGCUCGCGAAAGAAUUUUUACCAGCAUCAUUUUGGCGGGAAAUGUGGUAGCCAUUGUCAUUCUACUACAAGUUUUAGCGCGAAUGUCGUGCUGGCAAAAACAAGAUUUAAAAUGUUAGAAGUUUUAUCAUUUUGCGAUCGGGAAAGAGCGUAACCUCCUUCACUUAAGAUAACAGUGCUAACUUUUCUAGUGAAAUAUGGUAAAUGAAGCUUUCCGGGAAGUCUAUAGUUUGAGAGUAAGCGAAAAAACUUUAAGUUAAAUCUCGUACUCAUAGUCAUCCUCGUCCUCGAAUCUAAAGGUCUUUAUUAUCAUAUUACAUUACCUUAGCCCAACACAAAGGAAAAGAAAAUUUUUGUUAGGAUAAAAUUGAACCAUAAUGUAGUCAAAGAAAAUGACUAAAGAAUAGCAGGGAACCAAGUAUAGAAUGUUCAUCUUAUGAAGGAAGUCCUCAACAUGGAAGAGUUGACUUAAGUUUCUAUUUUGCUUAAAUCUCUUAGCCAGGACUUCACUUUUUACCAAAGCGACAGCAACAUGGUGGAGCUAAUGUGACUGCACAAAGCUUAAAGGGCGUCAAUAGCUUGACGAUACUCAAGAGGAUGCUUAAACAUGUCUGGCCAAAGGACAGACCAGAUCUCAAGAGAAGAGUGGUUGCUGCAGUCACACUACUCAUUGGGGCUAAGGUGAAUGACUCCUAAAUGAUAUAGACUUGAUUUUGCUAAAUUCAGACUGUGCAUUCUAGAUUAAGCACUCUAUAUACCCUUGGCAAAGGCUUGAUUUUGGCCACCUUAUUUGUCCUUCUGGAGAACAGGUCUGUGCCUUAAAUUCAAAUGUUAAUCAGUGAUGCAUUGUUACAUUAAACACCAGAAAUGGAGAAAAUGUUGUCAGAUGCUGAACACAUUUUUUUCUUCUUUGUUGGUUUGGUCUUGCCCAGUUAACACAGCAGCAAUGCCUAGUGAUUUACAACAGAAUAGAAUAGAAAACUUUAUUAAUGUGUUGGAGCCGUAUAGCUUGGGAAAAACCACCAUACUAAUUUGGGGACACAAUUUAUAAUUAAAUAAUAAAAUUAGAAUUACCUAUACAAUGUAAAAGUAACAAUAUUUAAACUAUGCAUAAUAUAUUAUAAUUUUUAAAAUGAUUAUCUAAAAUAACUGAGAGAGAAUUGUAAAAUUAAAUGGUUAUGAUGUGCACUAGAGAACAGCUCAUGCAUCUAUCAUCUAUCAUUGAGCUUAUAUCAUUUUUACGAGUUCUGCUUUUAAAGAUGUUCAAAGUUUUUGCUGAUGUUAAAUCAGGAGGUAAUUUUCACCAUAACCUAGGCCCAAGAAGUGGACUUAAACUCUUCUCUUUCAAGAAUGCUGCCAACAACCAUAAGUGCAGACUGGAAAAUAAUUAACAAUCCAGAUCCAGUUGGUUGAAUUACAAAAAAAUCCACAACACCAUUUUAAUUUACCAGCUUACAUUGUAGGAAUACUUCCUAUCCAUUACUCAUCAUAUAUGAUAAUUAUGGUCAUUUGCCACUGGGUUAACACUAUAUCCCUUUUGGUUUAAGGGUGCAAGUUUUUCCACAACACAUUAUAAUGUAACAUUCAUUUAAAUACUUUGCUUCUUCAGCUUUUGAAUGUUCAAGUUCCAUUCUUGUUUAAGUAUGCUGUUGACUUCCUCAACAACUUGGAUCCCUCCACUUUAGCUCAAACAGCGGGUGGAACUACCUUCACUAUACUUACAGCUCUUCUUUUAGGAUGUAAGUGGUUAUAGAUUUAUGUAACAUUCAGGGGCGUUACUAGAAAUUUUCCAGGGGUACUUCCGUACACGAUUUUUCCAAAUCACCCCUAACCUGGCUUGUACAUGUAAAUCAUUUUCAUAUGGGGUGACUUGAUGAAAUUUCUGUUUUUUAUCAAUGUGUUCAGUGGUAAUUAAGACAGAAUCCAUUAGGAAAUUGAGUACCGGUAAUUUUAAUUUUCAGUGGGUAAAAUCAGUAUCAGAAUAGUUUCAAUCAUUGCAUUCUUUUUUGUAUAAACACUUUUCAAGGGUCAUAAAUUAUGUAAUAUUAGUUAUGUAAAAUGACUCUAAAGAAAAGAUUUUUAUAGGAGCCCGAGAAAACAAUCUUCAAAAGCUCCAAAUUUCACAAAAUGAAAUCGUACGCAUGAUGAUUUUACCGUGUUUUCUCAAUUCCUGUGAAAUUUGAAAUUUAUUUUCUCAGACUCCCAUAAGAACCUUUUCUUUGAGUUAUAUCCAGUAACGUAUUACAAAUUAUGGCUUUUGAAAAGUGUGAAAAAGAAUGUGGUACAAGGUUUUUGUCCACUGAAAAUUAAAAUGACUCAUUUAUUUUUCCUGAUGGAUUCCAUCUUAAUCAUCUCUCCUCUUCCAAGGACCUUGCUUUUUCAUUGAUGAAAAAAAAUACAAAAAAAAUUAUUGUAUUUAUGUUGGUAAACAUCUUCCAGAUUUAGUCAAUGCUACAAUGUAGCUGAUUAUGAAGAAUAAGCCAGAGGAUUCAAGCCAAUCCCAUAUGUUGAUAAAGUUGAUAGAUAACUAUGAGUUUUAGUUUGAUAAUGAUCUUUAUACUAAAACUACUGUCAGCUUUGGGACCGGAUCUAUGUGUCCAUCUUAGAGAGAGUCAACCAAAGGAGGGAAGAAAGGCUGUCGCAAAUUAUAGGUGUCCUUUUCAGCAGGGUGUCCAUCUUAAGAGGUGUCCAUUAAGAGGGAAUUGACUGUGGUUAAAUGAAUGCUUGAUUUGGAAUUUCUAAAUAAAGUUGACACUUAUUGUGACCCGCUUGUGGUUUGUAGAUGGAGCAGCGCGUACAAGUGCCUCACUUUUCAAUGAAUUAAGGAAUGCAGUAUUUGCCAAAGUUGCUCAAGGAUCAAUCCGCAAUGUUGCACGGCGGACCUUUGUUCAUCUUCACAAUUUGGACCUGAGCUUUCAUUUGAAAAGACAGACUGGUGCAUUGUCCAGAGCCAUCGACAGAGGAACAAGGUAAUAAGUAAAUAAACAACCAUUACAAAAUACCAUGUAUAAGCCCCACCACUAAUAAGACCGCCCCCCUCCCCGAGUCCCAUCUGCCUGCUAAAAAAAAUCUGAUUUUAACCCUCCUCUCCCUCGGAUAUAAGCCCCCUAAAAAUGUAUUGAAAUGAAUUUAAUUUAUUAUGACGUCUUAAAGCCAGUAGAUGCAAACGGUAUUUUAAUCAGCACUGAUACAGCUUGUUUUGAAGUGCUUUUUUUAGGUGGACCCUUCCAAUAUAAGCCCCUUCGUUUAUAAGCCCUCCUAAAUCCCCUUACGAAGAUGUAUAAGCCCAGAGUCUAAUAGCGGCAGUUUUUAGUAAAUAAGUAAACGAGCGAACGGACGAAUAAACAAACAUAUAGAGGAUAUUACACGGUGGCGUGAAGAUAUGAAUUUUAUUUUCGAGUGGCAAAAAUAAUAUUUUACGAACGAGCGCAGCGAGUGAGUAAAAUACUGUUUUUGCCAUGAGAAAAUAAAAUUCAUAUCUUCAAGCCUCCGUGUAAUGUUCUUUUUAUUAUAUAGACAAAAAGACAUCGAUAAAAUAAUAGAGGGAAAUGACCGAAAUUACGUCAUCGAUAAACUCACGUGUGAGAUUAUGGAAAAUAAACCACUCGGGUCCCGGAUGUAGUUUUUAUGAAUUUUACGAGUGGUAUAUUUUCCAGUAAAACACCCGUGUCUAUAUAAUAAAAGUAAAUAAUUAAUGAAUUAAAUAAAAUUAAUUAAUACUUCUGUUAAUGCUGGAAUUUGCACCGAGGGGAUCAAAUGAAAUGUCUGAGGAAAGUAGGCCAUUUAACUGUAUUUCAUUAUUCAAGUAGUUUGCGUCUCGAAGAGAAUACGACAUUACUAACAGUAGUGUAAAUUCUCAUUUGAAACUAAUGAUUACUUAAUAUUUGUUUGUUGUCACAGGGGUAUUAAUUUUAUUUUGAGUGCACUGGUGUUUAACAUCUUUCCUACAAUUUUUGAGGUGUUACUUGUCUCUGGAAUCCUGGUAAGUCUUUACAACUGUCUUUCUCUUGGCCACUAUUCAUGUUACGUCUGUGUUCUGCGUACUCUUUAUAACAUUAGGGACCUUAAGAUCCAACAUCGGCAACGAGAACUUCAAAAAAGCCGUCGUCGUUGUUUAAGCUUCCUAACAGGGACUUUAAGAUCCAACGACGCGGACGGCGACGAGAACGUCAAAAAACAAUAGGUUUUAUAUUAAGAAAAACAACAACUUUGCACGUGCAUCACGCUUUUUUGUACAUUUCUUUGCCCGUUUUUGCACGAACUGAACUUAGAUAUGGUCCCUCGGAAUUUAACUCCAGGGGGUUCGCCUACGUUUGGCAAAGUAAGUGGGUAGGGAUAAUUGAAAGAACGCAAAUUCACUUUGUAAGUGACGUUUUUGUUGCCGUCGCGUCGUUGGAUCUUAAAGUCCCUAAUAUCGAUCAAUCAAGAACGCCAAGUAUUUAGUCUUCUAGCUUUCCACAUGGCCUACCAGUUGAUAGCCUGUUCCAUGCGUUCAGAUUCUGAUUAUAAGGACGGCGCAAAAAGAUGUAAGCAGAAAAACAGCGGAGGUUUUGUGUGGGGAAAGGGGGUCCAGGUGUUUCGAUAGUGGAGUGCAGUGCAAGUCAGUGAGCUACCCCAGUCCUUGCUGUCUCUUUGCAACGUCCCCACAGUUUGAACGCCUGGAACAGGCUAACCAGUCAGGGACACUAUACUUUUGAUAAAAUAUGAUCUUCUCUCGUAAUUUUUAUUGCUUUGAACUGGCUUUGAAAAAGUUUGUUAAUGAUUUUCAGACAUACCGCUGUGGCAAAGAGUUUGCAUUCCUUACACUGGCCUGUUUAGGAACGUACGCAGCGUUUACUCUGUCUAUCACACAGUGGAGGUAAAACCUGUCGUCCAUUUAGGCCCUGUUUCCAUAGAGAAAAGUCGUUCCAGGGUCAUUCACUUAUCCUGGGCGAGCCAACGUUUCAUACAUUUCCUUACAAAACGUGUCGAACGGAGAAACAAACAGUUGUCUCUGCAAGAAGGGUGAUCCGCCUAGCCGGGUCACCCUUGGUCACCCGUUCUUCGGUGGUGAGAUCACCCUCUACCCCCCUCCCCCUCCCCCUCCCAAGCCUGGUAAAUUCAGUCAAGGCGAGACCAUCAGAGCAUGCGCGGGCACUGUUGGCUCGGGCAAAAAGGUAAUCUUCGCUAAAGCUGACUUGGCUGGGAGCGUGGCCCUCUUUUCUCCAUAUAAACGCAGUCUUAAUGGUUAGCUUUACUCUUCCGUAAGUCCAAUUCUAUUGGCUAUGAUAGCUACAUGUGUUUCUUAUUAAUGUACCUUUUACUGCAAGGAGCUUAAAAGUGUGACCGCCUUUAAGUAAGUCACAUUCUUUCAUGCAGACAUUAACAGUGCUCUGAUUCAAUAACGUCACACUAAGGGAGUUAAAACAAAAGUUUUCAACUAGGUUUUGCAGACAGGAGCGUUCCAUCAAGCGCCAAACAACAAAGUUUCGACACUUCUUCACGAAGUCCGCACGUCGGCGUCCUUGUUGCUUAAGCUCGCCUAUUACCUCUGAUAAAACCGCUUGCUUAGUUUUGUAACAAUUAGUUUUGCAGUUCCAAAAUUCGAAUUUUAAUCGAGUAACAGAUGCCGAGGUGUGGCUUGACUCCCAUGAGGUACUCCCUUAAAUAAGCGAGAAAAUAUGUACGUCGCUUAAUGGUGUGUGCUUUUUGACCUCCUAUGACUCUUGAAACUUGGUUUGGAUUCUUUUUCCAUGUAGUAGGGUAAGGUUUUGUGCUUUUUGCAACCAGAGUCUGGAUUUGGGUAUAUCUUUAACCAGUCGACGACUCUUGAGACUGAAACUAGAAAAGAGAAAAUCACGUCACAUUUUAGUCUAGUGUCAGGAAGCGUGCGACAUACCCCUCACUUAAUUUCCAGGAGUAACCCAUCCCCGCGGUGCUAUAGACAAACUGUCUUCUAUAAAGCCCCAUUUAAAAGAGCUUUUCGAGUUUUCCUGGAAACGUCUUUUCAUUUCCUCGGGCAGGUCUUCCUUAUCAAGAGUAAAAAUAAGCGUUUAAAGGAAAUGUGCCUGUGUUCGUGGGACUUACAUGUAGCGCGUUCUUCAAGAAAAAAAUCAAGUUUCGAAUCUGACUAAUUCGCUUUGUGUUACGUUACGCAGUUGAUAAAACGAUACUGUUCAGAAAGUAAAUUAACUUGACUAGUAAUGUUUCAGAAGCAUGUCAUCGACGUGGAUGACAUAUGAGCAGUAAGAAAUGAAAGCGCGAAAUAGGCCCGUUUACAGUUAGUCAGUCACGUGGCACAAAUCCGAGGGAAGCAAGUGAUGCUCUGCUGGGACAAGAGAAACAAAGCGCUCACAUUAUUCAAAAUGAUAAUUCCUUUGCCCGUCUUUCCCCAGUCCAUCCGUGGCUCAUUCACUUGCUCUCCAGCAUAGCGGUUAUGUACCACGUGAAUGACUAGCAGUAAAGGGCCUAUUGUAUUUAUUUUUUCGCGGUCCUCGAUCCGAUCAUCUUAGAUUUCUUAUUUAUGUGAACCUUUUGUAAACUUAUUUUUGGCAAUCUUCAUCAGGACCAAGUUCCGAGUACAGAUGAACAAAGCUGACAACGAAGCAGGAUCUCAAGCCAUCGACUCACUCAUAAACUACGAGACAGUCAAGGUACCCGCAAAUAUUGGAUGAUAAGGGAAAGUUCAUUUAAUAUGACAAGGGGGGGGAUGAAGAUAUUGAGGGGGGGCUCCGAAAAUUUUUAGACACCCGAAGGGGGGGCUCUGAAAAAAUUGUUGCGCUAGGAGGGGGGCUCCGAAAAUUUGUAUACUUCAAAACCAACACAUGACAUCAUCAUACAGAUCGGAUGGUUUUCAACUCAACAAUUUAAUGACCUGUGCAACUCAGCUAUAUCACGUGGUUUACAGAUAUAACAAAUGUAGUCUCAGUAAUUAUUACACUCUUGUUCAUCCCAAAAAUGCUUUAGAAAAUUGUAUCACAACUGUAUCUCAAGUUUGUCAUAGUAUAAAUCAUUGAAGACAAUAACGGAAAUAUAUUUAAUACAGUCUAGCGAUCUUUUUUCAGGGGAGCAAAGGAAUUGAAGGAGGAGGGAGGGAGGGGGCGCUGAAAUUUUUUCGACUACCAAGGAGGGGGCUCCUAAAAAAUUGAACCGCUAGCGAGGGGGGCUGCUAAAAUUUCAAGCUUCGAGUUUCAAUAUCUUCAUCCCCCUUGUCAUAUUAAAUGAACUUUCCCUAAUCACAACGAGUUGUACUUGCGGUAGCAGUUUAAUGAUAAUCCAAUAGUUGCAAACAUAGGAUGAUAAUUUAUAAAUUACAACGAGUUGUCCUUGCGUUAACUGUUGAAUGAUAAUCCAGAAGUUUCAAAUAUUGGAUGAUAAUCACAAGGGUACCUGCAAAUAUUGAAUGAAAAUCACAACGAGUUGUCGUAGCGUCAACUGUUAGAUGAGAAUCCAAAAAAAUAGCUGCAAAUCUUGGAUGAUAAUCACAAAUAUUGGAUGAUACUUGCAACGAGUAGUUCUUUUAGUCUAUUAAGAAACGAGUCUCCGUAAAUUGAUUUCUAAGGUGACAAACAAUGCUUUUAAUUUGGAUCCGGCGGAAACCUGGCCAGCUACGGCAUGUUUUGUUGUUGUUGUUGUUGUUUUUGUUUGUUUGUUUAUUUGUUUUGUUUUUGUUUUGUUUUUUUUUCCACGCGUAGACCACUUGCCAGACUCACUUUACUCAUAAAAGUGGCUAAAAAAACUGGAAAUGGAUUCGAUCUAAUCUAAACGGGAUUGUGGAUUGUUGGAUUCACAAUCUGUUUUGGAAUUUUAGUAAAGGAACUCAAAAUCCGUUAAAACAUUCAAGAACUCGGAUUUUAAACAACCUCCCUUCCCCCAGUAAAGAUAGUAGUAAUUGUUACGCUUCAACCAAUCUUCGAAUUCAACUUUAAACGAGUAACUACUAUAUAUGUGGGAAAAUUUGGGCGCUUUGUUUCUGAGUGACAAUAUACUUGUACUCUUUUCCUCCUUUUCAGUAUUUUAAUAAUGAAGAAUACGAGGCUUCGAGAUACGACAAGCUUCUUUCAGAUUACGAGAAGGCUUCUCUCAAAACUACUACAAGUUUAGCUCUUCUCAGCUGGGGUCAAAACUUCAUCUUUAGUGCUUCAUUGAGCGCUAUCAUGAUCCUGGCUGGCAGACAGAUACUUCAAGGUAUUUAACUUGAUUAAAUUUAAGGAGUGGUAAAUUUCGUCCCGGAAUUGCGUUUACCAUUUGUACAAAUCAGUUCCAUUUACCGAAAAACGGCCGCGAAGGCGUGAAACUGGUAUCACAUAUAGCUUUUGAGAAAUGAAUCACGAAUUUCCAUUUGGAGUAUUCUGUCCGAAAAAGUAGGACUACCUUUUUAGAUGUUCCGUUGCUCCCGUAAAUUUUCCGCUGGAACCACCCAAAAAGUCGUGUUGCAUUUACUUUCGAUUUUGCAGAAACGUUUUGUAAGUGGUACACGAUUUUCCUCUGCCAAGCUUUGUGAUUGGCUGAAACCUCUCACUCAACUAUACCAACCAAUCAAAAUUGAAAACAAAACAAAUCAUGACUUACUUAGUGUACACUUUUUUCCCGCGCUUUGUACCGGCUACACGUUUUUGCUUUGAAAUCUGAUUAGUUCGUUUGAUUUUCUCUAUCAGUAGGGACUGGUCUGAGUUUUUACCUCAGCAAAUGCAAACUGUACUGUAACAAAUUAUUGGGGGCACGCGACGACAGUUUUCGGUAAAAUAUCUGUUCGAAGAGGAAAUAGUAACCAAUUUUUUAUAUAUAGCUCGAAAGGCUACGGUGUCAAGGUGACUGUUCCAUUCAAUCAUUCAACGCUUGAGAGGUUGUUCUAUUAACUACCUCACGGUCCUUUAAACACAAAUGUCCACUGCCUAGUUUUGGCUGUUAUUCGUAAGAAACAGUCUGCUACACAGCCGUUUUUAGUGUCGUCACGCAACGCGGUUUCGAAAACUGUAAUGAAAUAAAGUAUCACAGGAUUUGUCGUUCAACAGAUAAGAAUUUCACAGCGCCGCUUAGAAUUCAUUUCUAGAGCCUUAAUUGAACUCUAGAUAGCUUAAAAGAAGAUUUUUAAACAAUUCAGAAAAGUGUUUGUCGAUUGCAAUGAAUUGUUUUUGUUUUCUUAAGCGAAUCAUUAAGUAUCUUAUUUCUUGUGGUUUUCCAGGUACUAUGACCGUUGGAGACCUAGUGAUGGUAAAUGGCCUCCUAUUUCAGCUUUCGGUGCCACUAAACUUUCUUGGAUCUGUAUACCGUGAUAUCAGACAGUCGCUCGUGGAUAUGCAAACACUGUUCGAUCUUCAUAAGGUUCCCUCUUCCAUCAAGGUGAGUCGACCUUUGAAAAUAAUUAAUUGAUAAAUCUAAUUCCUCUUCUAAUUUUCAGGUGAUUAAAGGUGGUUUUCUCCUUUCUAGAGACACUUCCGAACGUCUUCUGUUAAUGCGUUGAAUAAAAUACAGCGUUUUCACUCACCUGUCCAGCAGCUAUGCAUGCAAAUUUAUUGGAACCAACGAAAGCGUUUACACUGAGAAAAUCGCACAGGAUUGGUUUGGGACACCAACUUGACCGCCGUCGAAACACAGAAAAAAAAAAUUAUAAUUUGUGAAUUGUAAGUUGUAAUUGUUGGUGUUGUUGCUGAACUGUGUCCGUGCGUUCCAGAUCGAAUUGGAAUUUGAAAGUGUUGGUUUUUGAGGAGAGGGGAAAACCGGGGUACCCGGAGAAAAACCUCUCGGAGCAAGGGAGAGAACCAACAACAAACUCGACCCACAUAUGGCGUCGAUGCCAGGAUUCGAACCCGGGCCACAUUGGUGGGAGGCGAGUGCUCUCACCACUGCGCCACCCUUGCAGCCCAAAGGAGUAUAUAUGUAAGAUAACACGACGGCGAUGUCGCUUAAAGGGAACCUCCACUUCAGCAAAAAGAUAACUUUAAAUCACAGGAAAUAACUGUUACAGUCAAGUCAAUCUAAAAUAUUUUUAAAGAAAGCGUUUGUAUCCGAAAGAAAUAACUUUUACAUUCGCCUAUUUUUGUUUUCAAAUUUUGCGGGCGUCGCCAUCUUGAAUAAUUGUGAAGUGUUACGGUUGCCCUAUUGUUAUUAAACAAAAGCUCUUUGUGUCAGAACAAUAGAGCAACCGUAACUCGUCACAAUUAUUCAAGAUGACGGCGUCCGCGAAAUUUGAAAGUGAAAAUAAGCGAUUUUAAAAUUCACUUUUCCUGAUAUAAACACUUUUUUUAAGGACAAAUUUCGAACAAAUUUGUUUAUCAACAUAAUUUUAUUCGAUUUAAACUUAUUCUGUAGUAAGAGUGGAGGUUCCCUUUAAAAAGUGAGUUCGCGUUUUUUCAAUUUCCAUCCCGUUUAUUCCAACUCGCUUAUUUUGUCAAAUGCAAGCGGAAUCUUCUGAAGGUGAAUUCUUAAGAACCGUGUCCAAGUUCAGAAAGAGAAAGAAAAUUUUGUCGUCUCUUAUUCACGUCCUCCAUAAAAUGUGAAACUAGGCAUUUUCACGUCGUAGUCGUGCAGUGGUAGCAAAGAAAUGUGCAAAAAAGUGUGCUGCCCGUUCAGAGUUGUGGUUUUGCUAAUUAAAACUAUUGCUUUUUUGACGUUCUCGUUGUCGUCGCCUUCGUGAAAUCUUAAACUGCCUCUUAAAUUAAUUUAAUGUGGCCGCCCUUAUGUCAUGCGACAAUGAUCUUUUGACGCUACCUUAAUACAUACAUGAAUGGACUGCAGUAUUUUGUUUUUCUUUUUUUUGCAGGUGAAGCCGGGUGCUUUUCCUCUUGUCCUAAAACCUGGUGAUGACAGGGCGCAUGUUAUAUUUGAUAAUGUGGUGUUCAGCUAUCUUCCUGGCCAAAACAUACUAAAUGGACUUACUUUCACUGUUCCUGCGGGAAAGAAGAUCGCUAUUGUGGGGGGUAGCGGCUCUGGGUAAGUUUUCCGCACGAUUUUAUGAUGGAUAUAAUUUUGAGAGUAUAGGGAUGAGUCUGGUGCAAGGCCCAGUCAGGUCAGCAGCUGUGUAAAUUUCUUGGGAAAAACUAAAGUUUUUUUACAUGAAAAAAGACUUCAAUCCCACAGGAUUUUUUUGGUACACUACCAAACAUGGCCGCCGUUUCAUCGUUUUUUUUUUACACCAAUAAUAAGGCCGUCGAAAAGUCAUGUGAAAACGAUCCGUAAGACUGUAUUUGAAUGGUAACCCUAACAGCGUAACGUGAAAGUACUACUCGACAGCUAACGUGAACCACAAAGGCGACAACAAUGAGAACAGUGAAAAGCAGUCAGUGUAAGCCGUUUUCAAAGCGUAGACUUUCUCUCCUGUUUAACCUACCGUCCACUCAUAUCCGUUGAGAGCGGUCACCGAAAACGCAUCUUUUUCGUGUGGACGGACAAAAAUAGCCUCCCACGCAGGCGUUUUUAAAAACGCCUGCGUGGGAGGCUAGGACAAAAACGGAGGUUUUCGAAUACGAUGAUGUCAUACAUCAAAAGCGCAUGCCCCGUAAAACAUGCAAUCGCAUUUCCAUCGUUUUUUUAGCGUUUUUUGUGUUGACGUCAGUUUUGUUGUAGCCUGGGACCAUGCUCCGCGGUGAGGAAAUGGAGAGAUUAAGAUACACGUUUACGCCAAACAGCAAACGUGAAUUUUUACCACGUGACCGAGUUUUCCCCUUAGUUGUCGUUUACUGUUUAUUACUUCUACUCAAAAAUAAAUAGUUUCACGCCCGUUUUAUCCAUAAGAACUGUUCUGGACAGUUUUUGUCUGCUUAUUUUCUAUUCUGAGAAAUUCUCAACUUGAAUCUGACGUUUGCCGUAAACGUGACUCUUGAUCUCCGAAAAGCGACGUGAAAAGGCAAAAAAAGGGAAAGGGUGACCACCCUUUCCCUCCCCAGACUUCCGCUUCGCUCGCGGAUUUUUCUUUUUCACUUUUUUCUCCACUGCGGAGCCUGUUCCCAGGCUAUUUUCGUUUACGCUGUUGUUUUUAGUUAGUCAUUCAAAGAUGCGGCUCUUUCUGUUCCCUUAUAGAAAAUCCACCGUUGUCCGGUUGCUGUUCCGAUUUUAUGAUCCUGCCGACGGUCGUAUCCUUGUGGCUGGCCACGACAUUCAAGAUCUCACCAUCGAGUCCUUGCGGAAAGCCAUUGGCGUUGUACCGCAGGUAAAUCCUUGUAGGUUUAUUUCUUCAGUUCUGCUCAGCAGAUGAGUAUACCGUAAACUGCCCCUUAAAAGCUUCCUUACAUUAUAAGCCCCCCCCCGGAAAUAAGCCUCUCCAAAAUGUGUUGAAAUGAAAUCGAUUUAUUAGAGAACUUUAGAUUCUAAGACGACUACGACUACGACUACGACUACGACUACGAGAUUUUCUCAAUAGGAAGUAGUGUAAGCGCGUGAGCCAGCGUCAUUUUGGCGGCAAAACGUGGUAGCCCUUCGACAUUCUACUACGAGUUUUCGCGCGAAUGUCGUGGUGGCGAAAACAAGAUAUCAAAUGUUAGAAGUUUUAUCAUUUUGCAAUCGGGAGAGCGCGUAACCUCCUUCACUAAAGAUAACAAUGCUAACUUUUCUCAUAGUGAAGAAUGGUAAAAUGAAGCUUUCCGGGAAGUCUAUAUUUUGAGAAGACGCGAAAAAACUUGAAGUCAAAUGUCGUACUCGUAGUCGUUCUUGUUCUCGAAUCUAAAGGUCUAUUAUGACGUUUUGAAGCUUUAAAAAAACUGAUAAAUGCAAAACGCAUAAAUAAUAAGAUAAUGAAAAAUGAUAUAAAGCAAAUUCCAAGACGUAGUCGAACCCACGAGAUAACAGGCGCCAUACAGCCAAUUAGAAACUCUAGUCGAUCUACAGUUAUUUUAGAUUUAGUGAGAUUAAUAGUAAGCUACAACCGCAGGUCAUUGAUGUUGAUUACCUGAGCAGAAGAUCUCGUUUCAGUUUGCUUUUAAUGCGCGAGUUGUUCUUUGAAAUCAGCAAACAUUGUCAGUCGAAAAGCGCUGUGUUGUAAUGUAAUAAUUACUCUCAUGAAUGACUUCUACUGCACAGGACACAGUGCUUUUUCACAAUAAUGUCUUCUACAACAUCAAUUACGGCCGCAUUGACGCCACACCCGAACAAGUUUACGAAGCUGCCAAGAUGGCGGAGAUUCAUGAGGCGGUGCUGCGCAUGCCCAAAGGAUAUGAGACUCAGGUUGGAGAGAGAGGACUAAAGCUGUCUGGCGGCGAGAAGCAGAGAAUAGCCAUCGCUAGAGCCAUCUUGAAAAACCCACCCAUUCUGAUGUAUGAUGAAGCCACUUCGUCGCUGGAUUCAAUAACAGAAAUGGUAAGUCUAAAUGAUCUGGGGGGAAGGAACAUCCCACCCAACAUGUGAACAGUUGUUCGUAUAUCCAGGAUACGAGGGCGUAGUUACCCAAUAACGUGCGUAACUGAUAAAAUGUCGAAGAUAGAACACCAACAAACAAGUAAGAAAAACGUGAGAGCGAUCUGGGAGAAGGCGCAGGAUUCAUUCGGAAACCGCGUUUGGUUAUCUUCUUUGUAGUCAGUUUAUAGUUACAACGAGUUUAGAAGUUAUUAGUGUGACAGGUUUAUACUAAAGCCUGAUCUUAUUACAGCACAGUAUUGCGGGAAGCAGUAAGUAAAGACUGUAAAGAUCUAUAAGCAAAUAAACAAGAAAUAAUCUCAGGAAUCCCGAAACUUUUUUCUACCCUGUUACAUUGCAGAACAUCUUAAACAGUCUGAAAAGUGUCACUAAAGGCAGAACUUCCAUUUUUAUUGCUCACCGUUUGUCGACUGUGGUGGACGCCGAUGAAAUUCUGGUGCUUGAAGAAGGUCGAUUGCGGGAACGAGGCUCUCAUUAUUCACUUAUCACUGACACAAACAGUUUAUACGCUCACUUGUGGCAUAAACAACACGAGGCACAUAACAUGGAGGUACACAGAACUAACAUCAGUGGUGGUACCUCCGCGUCAGGCCUAUAAAUGGAAGUCACGCUAAUAAGGAAACGAGGUGUGCUCGGUGUUUGUCCCAGAGAUAGCAAUGCGCUCGUCAGGCGCCAACAACUCCACAUUCGCUGAUUUUGAUAGGUACCUUUUCGGAGUGAUUAUUAAAUUGUGUGUCUGUACGUGCUGUGGACACGAACACAACAAAUGUCAAGCUUGGGACGGAAUAUUUGCGACACUGUCGCUGUCAAAAUGUCUCAGGCGUUGCUGUUUUAUGAAGUGGAAUUUCAUUCACAAUUAAGUGGAGACACCGAGAAAGAAGAAUCAAGUAGUUAGUUAAUGUACCAUAAAUCCUCUAUUAAGCCCCCUCUUUUCAAUAAGCUCCCCCCCCCUUUCAGGCGAAGAAAGUUAAGCACCCCCUUCUCUCUUAAGCGCCCCUCUUCUCCCCCCUUAUUCUUAAAUGAUAGGCUGUAUUAAUAAAUCACGAUUGUAACUUCAGAUGGAAUCAUCCGGUACGAUUUAUUCACAUGCUGGAAGUUGGGAUUUGUUUUUUAUCUUCGGCUACCUGAUCUCCAACUUCGUGUGCCUUUUUUUGCUUUACGUGCUAGUAUUUACGGAGAAUUCAGUUGAUACCAUCACCUUCGCUCAAUUAAAUAUGCCCUCUCUCUCUGUUAAGACCCCCCCCCCCCCCCCCCUUAAAUGUGCUUGAAAUAAAUAAGCCCAACGGGGGGGCUAAAUAGAGGAUUUGCUGUGGUAAGUUCUUUUUUCUUUUCUCAAAUAAAUAAUUUCAUUAUUUGCUUAGCCCUUGUGGCGACGGCGACGACAAAGAGAGCUAGCAUCACAAAAGCUUUGAACUUGCGUCUCACGACAAGGCGCGAAGUUUUAGAGAGGAUGUAUAUACAUGCAAAAAGACGAAAUUUCCUUUUUCUUUCUGAACUUGGUCGCAGUCCCUUAGAGUUCGCCUCCCGUAAAGAUCGCCCUUAUUUAACACCUUGAGCGACUUGGAAUAAUUACGAUACAGUGGAAGCUUUCCUAAUAGACACUCUUGUGAGUGGACAGCUCUACUUACGGCCACCUUCAAAAAAACCCGUUUUUUUCUACUCCCAUACAAACUCUAUAUGUUUACGGACACCUUUUUCGCGUCCCGAGGAUGUCUGAGCACGAGAGCUUCCACUUUAUGAAAUUUAAAAGAACCAGAAUUCGCACAGACGUUUAAUUUUUCUUUUCGUUCUUUUCGAUAAUCGGCGAGCGCGCGAGAGCUACCCCCUUGCGCGGCUGGCGGUCAAUAAAUCCCCAGCGCUCGACGGACUUUAAAGAGAAAAUAGAGGGUCUGUGAACAGGCUACUUUACCAGUAACGUUUGCUCUCGUUGCUGUCGCCACAUUGGUUACCAUAACUCCCCUUGGUUUGAUAGACUGCGUUAAAAAGUCCAUAUGUAACCUUUUAAUUCAGUUUCUGAGACCGGUUUUAGUCACUGUUAGUCACUGUAUGUUGGUGAAGUAUAUAACUUUAAACAGUAUUUAUAACAGCCUAAGCUCUGUCAGUGCUUGCUUUUUUUGAAAUUGUCUCGAGAAACUGUUGCCAAUUUGACUAUCGGUCCGUUUUUGAAAAAACCUCCUCAGGAAUUGGCGUCUUGAAGCGUGUGUGGACCUUUUAUCAACAUUCAGCUACAAAAAUUUAGCACGGUCGCCUUACUUGAACUUUGAUUUAAGGUGUUUCGAUACAGUUUUUCAGAGGCCAUAGCGAUAUUUUUCAAUCGCCUUAAAAGUGUUUUUUUCCUUGUACGAUCGCUAUAAAAUUUUCACCAGUAAUUACCUAUGGAAUGAAAUUUGUAAAAAUGUAGUUUUAAGCAAAAUCGAAAUUACUAUGACAACAAUAAACAAAAAACUUUGAAACUGGUAAAAGCCGGAUUUGGUGUGAUCUAGACCAGCUAGUGAAAAUCCAACACUAGAAACUUAAAGUUUGGUGUUUAGCAAACGAUCUCCGUAAAAAGUAAAAAAUUCUGUAUGUUUGAGUUCGACCAAAACGAAAAUAUAUUUCAAACCUUAAAUUUUCAAUAGCCGUGAUAGAUUAUUUAAUAAAAACGUUAUGAAUGACUCAAAUUAUUCUUAAGUAGCGUCAGAAUGCUGUUUAAUAUCAUAUUUUGGUGCCAGGAAAUUUAGGUGUAUUUUCGUUCUUGCGAUCUUGAAAGCUAACCUGUUUUCUCACUACCGUAUAAGUGCAACUUCAUUCGAAAUUUGGACCUUUAGCUCGUUUUUGUAUAUCUCUGAAACUACUCGAACGAUUUUUUUUUUAAAUCUCUUCACAUAAUCUUCAUAAUUUAUAUAAUACUGUCUGAAACUUUCAUGAAGAUUGAUUCACUGCAACACCUUGAAAUUUCAAGACAAACCUAUCCUACUUACCGGUCAAAAAUCUGCGUUCCAACAUUCACUGUUUUGACGUUAUGGAAAUUUUUCCAAAAUAAUGCGCACUAUACAUACCUCCAUGACUAGUACAUUUUAGUUUGAAUUUAUCGCAUCUUUUGAAGGUAAAACAUUGACAAUACUCACACUGAAAUGAACUAGUCGUGGAUAUCUGUAUUGUCCGCAUUAAUUUGGAAAAAUUAGCAUAACGUCAAAACAGUGAAUGUUGUAUGGCUCUUGGCAAAACUAAUUUCCCUUUUUGCCAGAAAUAACGGAUAUAUGAUAGAUUAACCCUGAACAAGUUAAUUUCCACACUGAUCCGAGGUUUAUUAAUAAUGAUUUGUUUGACAUUCCUAUACAUUGCCUUUUUUCACAUUUUUUUGAAAGUGCCCAUGUUGAGUACACGUUUUAGCCAUCCGAAAGUAACGACUCCCCAAAAGUAGCGAGCCUCCGAAAGUAGCGAUAGCGGAAGGGUGCUAAAUCCAAAAGCAACGAGGGUCGUUACUUUCGGAACUUUACGUAGUAGAAUACUUAAAGCGCUAUUAUGCAUUAAUUCCAUUAGGUGGUUUCAAACUGCAGGAAUUUUCAAGUGCACUUGAAUUACAAUUGAAGUGCACUUAUGUGUGAACGGAGGGGGGCGUAAGGGUUUGCGUUGACGCGGUUUUGCUCGAAUUUUGGUGCGGUUUUGCAGAAAUUUUCAUUUUAAGUUGCGGUAUCGCGGUUAUACAAAACCAAGCGGUUUACGGUAUUUAGAAAUUUUCGGGUAAUUUCAGUGCGGUUUGCUGUUUUCUUGUGUUGUUCUGUUCGGUGUUUUUACGUAUUUCUGUGCGGCUUUGGGCUAUUCGUACCCCCCUUAAGCCCCCAUCUGAACCGGUCCUUUUUUUUUUUUUUUUUUUUUAAUCCCGCUGGAAUAAUGUUUAAGACGGAACCCAUCAGGAAAUUGAGUAAUUUCAUUUUUUAUUGGACAAAAACCUUGUACCCUAGUAAUUUAAACAAAAUCACAUAUUUUUUGCAUUUUUCAAGGGCUAUAGAUAUAAGUGGUUAUCUGUAAUAACACCAAAGACUAUUUCUCAUGGGAGCCCGUGAAAAUAAAUGUCAAAUUUUGCAAGAAUGUGAAAACACAGGUAAAAUUCUGAAACUUUCGUGUGUACGGAUGUCAUUUUGUGAAAUUUGACAUUUGUUUUCUCGGGCUCUCAUAAGAAAUUUUCUUUGGUGUUAUUACAGUUAACUAAUUACAUCUACAGCCCUUGAAAAAAUGUAAAAAAAAUGCAAUAUGGUUUAAAUUAUUCUGGGCAAAGUUUUUGUCCGCUGAAGAUUACAGUUACUCAAUUUCCUGAUCGAUUCCGUCUUAAUACUUUUACCACACCCUGCUAAUAUUCUCUAGCCAGCGACGUUUGUCAGAUUUUUGCGAGAAUGAUACCAAUAGUUGUUACUAAUAUACAAAUGUCUCAAGUGGUGUUUUUUUAAAAGGUUGUUUUGUUAAUCGGGUGUUCUUUAUAUUAUUUAUUUGUACUUACACAACGCACAUAUGUAGAGGAUUGUGAAAAAAGAAGUUACAGGAAUCCGCAUGCAUCGAUCGAGCACUAGCAAACAACGUGGAUCGACCACACGGACCAGUUUACUUGGGCAAGAGAGACUGUUUCCUUCGACUCGCAUAAUUUUCCAUCGUUUUUAGCUAUUUAACAGCCCCGAAGAACUACUUUUAAUCUCUAAGUCAGUUGUUACCAGGUUAUGUUACUGUACUUUAAAAAUCAAAUCGCAAUAUUCAAGGGCCGUUGGUAGGUUACAAAAAAUUAAUUAUGCUUGGUACAUGUCCUUUUCUCAGCAAAGAAACCAAAUAUAUAUUUAUUACAAUUUUACAAGUCAGACAAAACGCAUCCCCGGAAAUCUUUCUUAGGAAAGCGCGCUUUGUUGUUCUAGAAGGUAAGUUUAAUCUGAAAAUUAAGUUAAGUUGGGUUUUGGAUAAACACUUUGAUUCAAAGGCAUGGAAAUAAUUACAGACAACUAGCCGCGCAAGCAAGAAUGUAACACCGAACCUUUCGUUAGUUUUCACCACAAGAAAAAUAUGGCACCUUUUCUCUUUCUUUCUUUUAUAUUUAGGUCGAAAAAGUUUGAGGUUACUGUUCGCAUCCGCUUUGCUGAAGUCAGAGCUUAUAUUUCUUUUUCAUACACUCCAAAAGAACUCAGUUAUUACAAGUUGUAACCAUUUCAGUUCAAUUUGCCUUACAAUGGCAAUUUCAGUGUAUACAGAAAGUUAUCUACAAAGACCACUUUCUCUCUCGAGUUCACAAGUUUAAAAGAAGACAAUACUGUUUUUGAAAAGGCGGCGAAGAAAUAUAGCCAUUUGUAUGUACAUCCAAUAGUGUAGAGAUUUUUUUUUGGCUAUUUGCAUUUCAUCAGUUUUGUUGCUCGAUCGAUCGAUCUUGUUUCCUUUCGUCUUAGUUUCAUUUUUCGCCGUUUUAUACGUGCCAGACCUGUGAAAGGCAUGACUGGCUGUCAUAGCCUUCCAGCAUUACUUAUUUUAUGCAUUUCCACGAGAGGGCGUUUAACUUGAAAAAAAAAAUUGAGUUUUUCAUUCGAUGGGGAAGUGAAGCACCGAAAUUUUUGCUUAUGUCAACUGAGUUGGCAAUUAAAAGUUUCUGAAUUUACUAUUAAUUAAAUUAGAAGCUAUGGGGAACUUCUUGAAAUGAUGUAAGGGAAAAUUCCGCUACCGUCCAUGUUAUUGUCUAAAAACGCUUCGCGAAUUCAAGAAUUUGUUAAUCAAACAAGAACGCUCUUAGUACCGGUGAGUCUCGCUUGCUUGGAGAUAACUUUUAUAGUCUGCUGGUGCUGUUAGCUACUUUUUCGUUGUCAUAGUGUGAAUACUCAAAACUUAAAAUUUGGAAGGAGAAACAGGCCGGACAUCUUAGCUUCACCCCGGUGUGAAGCCUUUGAAAAUCUUCUGCAAAUUGAUAUUGCUCCAGUGAGGAGAACUCUUUCAGGGAUUUACAUUCCGUGGAACGGAUGUAACAAUCAUUUUUAUCGGUAUAAAUAUAUAUAGCUUCUAUGUAGCGGACAAGAUACGGCUUGGUACAGUUUUUGUCCAACACAAGAAAAAUGUGUAAGUUUAGCAGAACCUUAUACAACAGACAGUUAAUUCAGUUCGCGCGUAUUCCUGUUGAAUUUGUUGUUCGUUUUAUAAGAUAUCAAAAUUGCGAGAAAGUACAUUUUCCAUGGCUACUUAGCAUCUGCUUUCAAUAUCUUCAUACAGUUGAUGUUUACUCGAUCUCAGAGUUCAAUGUUUAGAGUUGUACACAGCGUGCAUUUUACCACAGUAUCACCAGGAUAAAGCGUUUCAUUUUCCAGGAAAAUUUAAAGCACUGACUCAGUCAGACUCGGAGUAGUUUACUUAAAUUUUGUGCUCAGCACAGCGAGCGGGGUUAUGUUUUGUGAAAUUUAUCUUCAGUCUGCGGCCCACAUCACCACGAUUCACGAUUUUAUUUAUUUACUUUAUUUUCAAGAUUUUUUAACCGAUCCUUAAUCCCCGUUCCCCGAUUCUUGAUCCCCGAUCCUCCAUCCUCGAUCCUCGCUCCUGAUUUUCCAGUAAACCUCGAAGUUUUGCUCAUUAAGAUUGUUCUUUUUUCGACCACUGAAGUAACCAAUUGUUCCAAAGUACUCAAUGCUUUCAGGUGAUAGAAUUCGUGGACCGACUACGAUCGAUAUGGGAUUUCUAUUCUAUGGACAUGAAGUGCUGCAAGUAGAGUGCAUGAUAGUCAAAUACAAAGCUACCCGUAUAAACACAUUCGUGAGACAUACGUAACGUCAGACGCGUAGUUGAAGUUUCUUCCAGUAGCACUCGAAUGUUAAGUCAUUGAUAUCUCAAGUAUUUAUAUAGUGCAGCGCGACUUCACAUCUUAACAACUGCGAAAAUCUAUCAAUUGAACACAUACAACACAUAAGUGAAUCUAUUUAACCGUAGGGUUCCAGUGAUUGCGACAAUAUUCUGAGAAAGGUAACGCCACAAUACACCACAAUAAUAUUUUUUCAUCCUACUCGGGGUAUUUACUUUUUAAUACACGUGCAUAAUGAAUAAAUCAAGGGCCUCGAUUCGGGGAAAAUUACAUCAGCGAAAACGUGUUCAACUUACAUGCGUCAUUUCAGUCAUCGAAAACAAACCGCAUGCACAUCAUGCACAAGGCUCAUUUGCAUACAAAGAAAGGCGUCAUGAUUUUUAUCCCCAGUUUGCACGGUCUCCGCUAGGAACGCCUGGGAGCAUGCCCCCCUUUUCGCGACGGAUAGACGAAAACCAAAGGCUUGCAUUUCGAACGAACGCGGGCAUCAAUCAACGAGAUGCCCGUUCCUAUUCUUUGUUUUGAGAUUAUUUAGAUUAGUUACAAAAUAUUUCACAAUCGUACGCUUCAGUGUGAUUAGAAUAUAAAUAUAUUUUGAAACGUUUUGUUAGUUUCAGAAGAGUAUGUAUAUUAAGCUGUGGGCAAACGGAUGCAACAAAGUUGUUCAACAACUCCCAACAUUGUCAUUGGGAGUUGUUGCGUCCGUUUGUGCGUAGCUAAAAGUUUGACGGGUUUCAAACUUUGCGCAACAACACGCAACAACAUGCAACAGGGUGUACAAACGGACGCAACAUGUAACAUCCAACAAAGUUGGGAGUUGUUGGCCAACGAUAUUAGGGACUUUAAGAUAGGUCACUACGGUCGCCUGGGACGGUUAGAUAGAUGUCACGUCACGCAAAAAACGCGUGACCUUUUACCGUCGUCCUUCUGGGAUGGUAUGUUUUCGCCGGGUUUCCCGUCGUGAAGACAACGGUGAAACCGAUAAGAGUUCAUGCAUACUUAUUGUCACUUUUCUUCUAAAACUGAGUAGCCACUGGGUUAAAUACGCGUUGGCUUGUGUUUACAUUGAUUUACCUAUCGGUGAAAUGAAAAAAAAAGCGAAAAUGUCUGAGUUCAUUCAUAACUUAGCUCGCGGCCGCACGGCGACUGCUUGUUUUCUACCCAGCGUCGUCCGCCAUGGCAGAGGAAAAUUGCCGAAAAGAAAGGUAAGGCCCAGUUAAAACGUUGGUCUUUUCAUCUACCGAACUUAAUACCUAUUUAGGUCGACCCAGAUGGUUCGAGGUUGACUCAGGCGUCGAACUUAAAGUGUAGUCGAACUCGAUUCAUUUUCACGUUGCUUUAAACAAGGGAAAAUAAAUUUUAGUAAUUUGUGCUUUAGUUUCGGCACAUGAGAAGUUCGACGUUUCAACUGGGCCUAACAGUGAUGAUUGUAGCCGUCUUUUUAUAACUUAAGACUGUAUUUUUUAUCAAGAAAAGAUUUCUUUAACUCAAAAGGUGUUGGCUUAGGAAAGGAAAGUUCAAAUAAAAACAUCGACUACAGUUUUGAAAACUAGCUAGCUAGCGUUAAUUUGUACCCUUAUUCUUCUGAUUGGUAUUCUUCGUAUAAAAUAAGAAACUCUUCUUCAGUAAUUGAACGUAAUUGAGCCUUCUGCGAAAGAAAUGACAAGCGAGUUUCGCACAUGACUUCACCGUCCUCUGCUUUGUUGUCCGACCUUAAAUUCAAAAUUUUCGCGCCUUCUUACCGUCAUGGCCCCAGGCCGCCUGUAUACGCAUCCAACCGUCCCAGCCUACCGUAGUGACCUAUCUUAAAGUCCCUAUUGCGUCCGCUUGCACGGGGCUUUAGUUUGCAUAAUACUGCAGAAGUAUUUAAGGCGUGCUUGUAAGGUGUCUUAAGGGGCUAGUACACUAUUUAAGGUUUGAUAAGCGAUAAAAGAGCCAUUUGAGGCAUCUUUUUUAACCCUAAUUUUUUUAAAUUUUAUUUACUGUUGUAAUUUUCCAUGAGUUUGUAAAACUGUAACGCUGUUUUUUGUAACGCUCUACGCUAGCUUCAUCAACAAACGAAAUGCCCGCUUUUGUUACCCCUUUUUUAUUAUUAUACUAAAAUUACAGGUUGUUUUUUGGGAGUUUUUUUUUUGUUUGCUUGUAGUUCGCGAAAGCUGAACCGAGGUUUUUUGCCGUGUUCCCCUCGCACCCUUCCUUUAAGCUUACUCAACGCUGUACCUAUCUACUCUACGAACCAAACAAACGAAAAAAUAGACCCCAAGACGAAGAAGAAGAGUUUUAACAUUUUUUAAAUGAAAAUGACUGAUGGAAGAUGAGUAGUGACAUGGGUUGUUUGAACGCCUUGGUAAAUUUCCAAAAAUAAAAGCCUUAACAACAUGUGCGAUUCAUUUUAAGUGACACGAUUUCCCAGAUGUAGUUGAGAUAUACACUGAGCAAUGUUUGAGAUACCAGUAUCUGUUAACAAGUGUUAGAAGGCGCGAGUCACGAAUUCAAAAUCAAAGGUUUUGAAAUGUGAGCUUACUUUCCACAGCGAAGGCAGGCUUCUGAUUAAAAAUAAGAUUUAAUUGUUAGAUUCAGACUCAACUAUUGCAAAUAACGUUUCAGCGAAAAAAAUACGUGAGAAACAACAUGAUGUUAUGAGCAUCAAAAUUUCAUUUAAUUUUUGAGCCAAACCGCGGUAAGCAUGAUAUGUGACACGUCCAAUCAUGAUGAUGAUGAACCUGUGACUCGUAUCUCAUUGACAUAAAUGUUUCAGACUGUCAAUCAAUAAGGGGCUUUACCACCUUUGAAUUUAUCCUUCCGUAAGCCUAAAUUAGGCGAAUUUUCUGCGUGAAAUGUCUUUGAAGACGACUUUUUAGUGCACUGUAAACCAUUCUUCGCUGGAGCUUUUUUUUUUGCUAUCAUAAAUACUAUUGGGCGAUGCAAAGUUGGAGUAUAAACAAAAAAAAAACACGUUAAUAGCGUGAUUUAUCAGCAAUUCUUUUUUUGUCAUGUUGGUGGAAAUUUAAGCCGUCCCAGCAGUGCUUAUAAUCGAGAUACUCCUAGCUUACAAUGUACCUUCGACUCGUAGUGCUUAUCAUCGAGACACUCGUAGCUUACAAUAAAAUAAACAGCGAGUGUUGAUGUUUCUGCAACGAACGUGAGCAUGACAACCUCAUUCCCAGAGUUCUCUCACAAAGAGGCGAGGGUAACUGCACGCCCAAAGUUGAUCAAAGAACACUUCGGCAGCAACGAAGAUGUGUUGUUUUCAUAUCGGGUGACUUCGGAGCAAGUCGACCCCGCUCUACAAUCCUUUACAAAUCUCAAGCCACAGCGAAAACUUAGUGAAAUACUCUUCGGUUUACUAGUUUUUGAGAAAUUAAAUUCUCAGACUAUUAUUCCUCCUAGUUUCGGAUGGACUAGUUUAAUAUGUCUCUUUCAUAUACAAAAACAACAGCAGCAACAACAAUUGUAUGCCCUAAGAAUGAUCCAGGAAUGAUAUUUUCGUAACUUAUCUUUGUAAUACACUAUUCCUUUCAUAAUAAGAGUCGUUGAUGAGACGGCUUCCCCGGAGUUCUGAAAAAACGAUUUAUUACAACAAUUAUGAUAGAUUGAAUAUCCUAACCAGCUGCGUUAAGUCGAGGGCAUCAGCUUGUAAAUCUAUUUUGUAUCGCGAAAAAAAUGAAUAUAAGUGAUCCGAGACCCGCGCCCUGUAGAACAACCCGACAAAGACUUCAGAGACUUAAACGGUCUGAAAAAGUUCUAUUAAUAGAUAAAACUUGCAAUACUUUCUGAAAAUAUAUAGUAACCAAGUUUGGAGUGAUUAUUCAAACCAAAUUAGGCUUUAAUGUACCAGCAACCAUCUUUGCAACAUUCCUCAAUAUCUAAUUGCUAACAUCUCAGCUAGAAUGGCCUGGCCUAAACCCCUAUCAGUUGGUUAAAGUCAAUCUUUAGUAGUUAGAUGGCUAUCAGCUUGAUAUAAUUCAUUGCUCUUUUCUAUAACGAACAGUUUGUAAACUAAACUAUUACCAUUACACAAGGUCCUUUAAAAUUUCCUCUCUCAUUUUGUGUUACCAUUGCAGUCAACACAAUGCGGCUUGGUCAUUAUUGGUUUAUUGUUUGCCUAAUUAUCGCCUGGAUCGUCUCCGAGGGCAAUUCAGAAAAGAGCGAAGAAGACCUCGAACCCACCAAAGAAGCUUGCGAAGAAGGUAGCUUCGUGCUCAACUCAUGUGAAGAGCAAUGUGAAUGUAAGAACGGGGAACUGGCCACCUGUUAUCGUGUGAGAAAGAAUUUUACCAAAAUGACCAUUGAGGACAGAAAACGUUAUAUCAACACUUAUAAGCAGGCAUCGGUCGAUCCUCUGUUCAAGAAGGAUUACGAAAAAAUGGUCGCUCUCCACCUUAACGCUCCAAACAAACUUCUCCAUCACACCCCUACGAUCUUUUUCCCCUGGCAUCGGUGGUUUUUGGUUGAGUUUGAAAACCUACUGCGCAAAAUCGACUGUCGUGUGACAAUACCCUACUGGGACUGGAGUCAAGUGGCUCAUCAUUGGUGGGAGGAGUCUAGUGACGAAGUCGUUUGGGCCUCCGGAGAUCAUGGUUUGGGAGGGAAUGGCAACAAGGAUAAUGACUUCUGCGUGGAGACAGGACCUUUCAGAAAGGAUCAAUGGAGUGUCCUGGACAUAUCCGGAGGAGGGUGUUUAAAAAGGAACUUCACGAGACGCAGUUUCACUGGCGAUAGUGAACACGUUAAAAAAACUUUAUCUCUACCGCUGAAAGAUUUUUUCCGAUUUGAAAAAAUUGUUCGUGACUACUAUCACGCUCAACCCCACGACUGGGUCGGUGCUACAAUGAGAAGCCCGCGCUCAGCUGGAAAUUCCCCAGAAAUGCCUCUUCACCAUUCAUUCUUGGACAAACUUUGGUAUCAAUGGCAGAAGAAAGGAGAUGAAUACAUAAAUAUCUACUAUCGAAGCGUUCCCUUCAAACUUCCUGGCUCAAAGUAUCACGGCUGGGAAUGGAUGGAUUAUAGAAACCUCCCUGGCCAGGUGAAUGUUAUCUACGAAGAAUGA